UUUGUAAGAAUUUCAUAAAGGAAGUGAAGAAUUUUUAAAUUUUAAUGCACAAAAUGUUAAAUAUUGCUUUAAGGAGAUUUGUGGUGCAAGAAUGCGAGGAGCAAGAAGAUAAUUUUCAAAGAAUGUGCCGUCGGAAUGUGCGUGAUGCCACUAAUCCCUUGGAGCUUUCUCAAACAUUGUUUACGAAAUAAUUUCGGGUGAAUAAACCUGCAUUUAAAUACCUGCUGGAAACGUGUGGGUCCUCUAUUCAGCCUGGUAAAAAGCAGUUCUCUGUACCAAUAAUAAUUAAACUUAGCGCUUGUUUGCGUUUGUUUGCCGAAGGUGGAUACCAGACUGGAAUUGGCAAGGAUUAUGAUGUCGGUCUGGCCCAAUCAACUUUGAACAAAAUACUAGUCGAAAUAUUAGACGUUUUCGAAAAAGUAAUUUGCCCGAAUUGGAUAAAGGUUCCAAAAUCGGAGGAAGAAAAGCGGAAGAUUGCGCAAAUGUUCUAUUUGAAACACAAAAUUCCUGCAGUAACAGGAUGCCUUGACGGAACUCAUGUUCGCAUUAUUGCGCCAACCGAAAAUAAACAUUUGUACUGCAAUAGAAAAGGAAACUAUAGUUUAAAUGUUAUGCUGCUUUGUGACAAUGACUUAAAUAUUCGCUACGUUGAUGCAUCACAUCCCGGUGCCUGUCACGAUUCUUUCAUUUGGAAUUCCAGUGGUCUACGCGCUUACUGUGAACAACAAUAUUUGCAAGGUGUUACUAACUUUUGGUUCUUAGGUGAUGCCGGUUAUCCGUUAGAGCCAUGGUUAUUAACUCCACACCGAAAUCCGCACGAAGGUUCAACGGAAAUGAAAUUUAAUGAGGUCCACUCAAAAUGCAGAAAUAUUAUUGAAAGAACCAAUGGAGUUUUGAAAAAUCGGUGGAGAUGUCUACUUGGUGCACGGGAGCUUCAUUAUACUCCAAAGAAGGCAGCGAAAAUCAUAAAUGCUUGUUGUUGUUUGCAUAACAUUUGCAUAUUUUUCAAAACAGAUGAAGUUCCACAUAAUGGUACUGAUGUUUAUAUUGCGGGCGGUGAAGUGUUCUCUAUAACUUCCUCACAAAAUUUAAAUGUAGCUCAAAUGAUAAGAACCAAUAUUGGUAACUCACUCACCUAAAAUUUAUUAAUAUUUCUGUUUUUAUUCAUUUUUACGAAGGCUUAGUUCCUUUCUCCUAUAACUAACAUAAUGGAAUUAAAAUUAAAAGAAAUAUUUAUUAUAAAGAUAUAAAAUUUUUAUUUAAUUCAUUUUAUUUUCUUUAGCGUUUAGCCUUUUUUAACUAAUACAUCUGCAUUUUGAAUGACUACAUACAUAUGUAUGUACAUACACUUGUGAUCAGCUAAUUAAGUC